AUUGCUGCUUUUCCUUAGCUUUUGCUUCCAUUUCUCUGCACCCAACGACCCAGGUGUCAGAAUCGAAGGUGGCCGAAAAGCUAGCAGCUGAGAGGGUUUCAGUUUUUAUUGCGAUUUAGUGAAUUAAGAUGUUCGAUCCAGAUAUGUUCGAGCAGCAGCACCAUCAUAUGCUGGACAUGGCCUUCAACACCUCCGAAAACGAGCUGGAAAAUGUUAGAGACGACGAGUUCGAGACCAAAUCGGGAGCUGAAAUCCUAAACGCCGACCACCGCUCCAAGAAGAAGCGUUACAAUCGCCAUACGCAGCACCAAAUUCAAGAAAUGGAAGCGUUUUUUAAGGAGUGUCCUCACCCAGAUGACAAGCAGAGAAUGGAACUGAGCCGUGAGCUGGGGUUGGAGCCGUUGCAAGUCAAGUUUUGGUUUCAGAACAAGCGCACCCAGAUGAAGGCUCAACAUGAAAGACACGAGAACGCGAUUUUAAAAGCUGAGAAUGAGAAGCUUCGUGGUGAGAAUAUUCGGUACAGGGAAGCGCUGGCGCAUUCCACGUGCCCAAACUGCGGAAGCUCCACGGCGGCGCUGGGCGAAAUGUCGUUCGACGACCAACAUCUCCGCAUUGAAAACUCGCGUUUGCGAGAAGAGAUCGACAGAAUGAGCGGAUAUGGGCCAAAAUGCGUGGCGAAGCCUCUAGCUUCUUCGUACUACCACCUGCCGUCGAAUACUCCGGCGCGAUCGCUUGACCUCGGAAUCGCAAAUUUCGGGCAACAGACGGGCUUCGUCGGGGAAAUGUACGGCGCCGCCGAUUUUCUGCUGUCGGUUUCGAGACCUUCGGAAGCCGACAAGCCCGUAAUCGUUGAGCUCGCCGUUUCCGCCAUGGAGGAAUUGACCAGAAUGGCCCAGGCUGGCGAACCCUUGUGGGUCCCAGGUGAUAACAAGUCCACUGAGCUGCUGCUGAACGAGGCCGAGUAUUUGUCCACUUUCCGAGGCGGAAUCGGCCCAAAACCAUUGGGCUUCAGAACCGAAGCCUCACGAGUUUCCGCUAUCGUCUUCAUGAACCAUCUCAAGCUUGUCGAUAUUUUCAUGGACGCCACGCAAUGGUCGACUGUGUUCUGUAGCAUCGUUUCAAGAGCAUCCAAUGUGGAACUUCUUUCUGCUGGCCUCCCCGGAAACUGCAACGGGGCCUUGCACGUGAUGAGCGCUGAAUUCCAAGUCCCGUCCCCGCUGGUUCCGACCCGUGAAAAUUACUUCGUAAGAUACUGCAAACAGCUGAACGAUGCCACGUGGGCUGUGGCUGAUGUUUCCUUGGACAGUUUGCGCCCUUCUCCCAUCCCAAAGAGUCGGAGGAGACCCUCUGGUUGUUUAAUUCAAGAACUGCCCAACGGCUACUCAAAGAUUACUUGGGUGGAACACGUGGAGGUGGAUGAAACUGGCGUGCCCACCAUGUACAGGCCAUUGGUCAGUUCAGGGCUCGCUUAUGGUGCUAAACGCUGGGUCGCCACCUUAGACAGGCAAUGUGAGCGUCUCGCUACUUCAAUGGCCACCACCAUAGCCACCGCCGAUUUACGCGGUACUCUUUAA